UUUUGAAUAUUUUCAUUUUUUUUCUACAAAUCAAUAAAAAAGGAUUUAACCUCGAAUUGUCACCCACACACACACACAAAAAAACAACAAAAUCGUGUAUCAAUUCCACAAUACAUUUCGAAAAUAUUCAAACAUUUUAUCAUUGAACUUGAAAUUAUUAUUAGAAAAAUUGAAAUAAUUUUGGUCACGAUUUAUGAUUGUACGCCAAACGAAGUGGUAGCCUACCUCCACCAAUUCCAGGUCGAAUGUCAAAUAAUCAUCGAACAAAUGUAAUCUGUUCGACAACAACAACAACAACAUCAUUAUCACCAUUAAAUUCAUCAUUAAAUACAUCAUCAUCAUCAUCAUCAGCAUCAACGGGUAAUCUAUUACAACAUACCCGACAAGCUUGUUAUAGAAUGUCAUAUGUAUUGGUAUCGACCGAUGAUUUUCAUCGUGGUCCAACACGAAUAUCAACAAUUGAUCCAUAUCUACAUGAAAAAGUUCCAUUCACUGUCAUCAAGGAUAGCCUAUAUUUCCAGGCUGAACCACAAUAUGAUCCACAUGGACGAUAUUGGAAAUUUCGUGUUGAAGAUGCGCCUGUACGUGUAUUGAAUAAAUUAUUGGAUCUUGGCUAUAAAGUAUUGACCGGUACAAGUCUAUCUAGUACAUAUGAACAUAAACAACCUGGACAUGCAUGGACAUUGUUUCGUGAUCCAAAUGUUCGAUAUUCAAUCAUGCAUACAAAUAAUAAUAAUCAUUGAUUAUAUAUAAUCACAUAUUGAAUUUAUCACCAUCAAUCCAUUAUAUUAA